GAGAGGCAAGCAGCGGGAUGCGCAGUGGCGGGGACGACCGGGUGGCCUUGCUGCGCCGGAGCGAAAGGGGACCAUGCAGGGAGGGAGCCACCAGCUCUAUUUAUGGCGGCGUGCGGCCGGCUGCCUGCUGUGAGGGGGGCGGCAAGACAGUGUCCGUGAAUGUGCUUAUAGGGAGGGGAACGCGGGAGAAGGUUCGGAGAGAAGCUGGGAGUGAUGGAGUGAUGGCUGCAGGGAAAGCGGAAGGGGGAAAAGGAGAUAAGACAAUCUCAGUGAAUGUGCUUGUAGGGAGGGGAACGCCGGAAAGGAUGACAAGAGAAGCCGGUGGAGUGGGAGUGAUGGUCGCAGAUAAGAAGGAUGGGCGUCCAACAGCAGGGGGAAACGGGGAUAAGACGGUCUCUGUGAACGUGCUUGUAGGGAGGGGAACGCCUGAAAAGGCGGGGAGAGAAACAGGGGGAGAGGGAAGGAAGGUAGCAGGGAACGACCAAGGGAGAGCAACGGAGGGUAAGGGACCCAAAUUGGUGUCUGUGAAUGUGCUUAUAGGGAGGGAGAUAGGGGAACCAGGAUGGAGGCGAGCAAGUGGAAGAGCGGUGAAACAAGUGCGGAGAUGGCGGGCAAGACGCGUGGUGAGAAGCAGAGUUGUAGCGACGGCAGGGGCAGUGAGGGCAAGGGCAGUGAGGGCAGGUGGAGAAGCAGGCAUGCGACAGUCACAGGCGAUGGCAGACAGCGCGAGUUGCAGGCGGGCAGCAGUGGGGGAGUCACCAGUGCUUGCAGCUCUGGCAGCGGUGAUGGGACAGGAGCGAGAGCGAUGCUUGCAGCAGUGGGCUCGAGAUGCUGGGGGCGAGGAAGGGAGGAGAUAGAACGCGCGAGGGAGAAAGAGGAGGGCGAGAGGGAGAUAAGGACAGGAGCCACGAGAGGGUAAAGACGAGGGGUAUGGACAGAAAUGGUGAGGGCAGGCAAACUGAGUUUGAGGGGGAGAUGAGCGGCUGCAGGAAGAAAUGCAGGGGGGAGAAAACGAGGGAGAGAGGGACAGAGAAAGGCACCGAGGGUUUGUUGCGGAGAGAAAGUCUGCUGCACGAGAGGGAGAAAGAGCAAUGGACGUAGCAGGAGGAGCAACACAUGGGGCAGAGCAAGGGCGAGCAGCUGUGGGCAAGAGAGCAGGGGAUUUCCCGUCGGCACCGUUGUUUACUGAUCGAUCAACGGCUGCGGUUGCUUCCCUGUCUGCAUAUACAUCAACGGCAACUGUUGCUCCACCUGGCUUCAAUCUGCACCUGACCUCCCAGCCCAUGCUUCUCCGUCUCCCUCCCCCCCUUGCCUCUCCCGCCCCCUUUCCGCUCCUCUGCCUGCCACCACCUGCCAACCCCACAGUACCACCUGCCAACCCCACAGCACCACCUGCCAACCCCACAGCACCACCUGCCAACCCCACAGCACCACCUGCCAAGCCUACAGCACCACCUGCCAAGCCCACACCACCACCUGCCAACCCCACACCACCACCUGCCAAGCCUACAGCACCACCUGCCAAGCCCACAGCACCACCUGCCAACCCCACAGUACCACCUGCCAACCCCACAGCACCACCUGCCAAGCCUACAGCACCACCUGCCAAGCCUACAGCACCACCUGCCAAGCCCACAGCACCACCUGCCAAGACCACAGCACCACCUGCCAAGCCUACAGCACCACCUGCCAACCCCACAGCACCACCUGCCAAGCCCACAGCACCACCUGCCAAGCCUACAGCACCACCUGCCAACCCCACAGCACCACCUGCCAACUCCACAGCACCACCUGCCAAGCCUACAGCACCACCUGCGAAGCCCACAACACCACCUGCCAACCCCACAGCACCACCUGCCAACCCCACAGCACCACCUGCCAAGCCUACAGCACCACCUGCCAACCCCACAGCACCACCUGCCAACUCCACAGCACCGCCUGCCAAGCCUACAGCACCACCUGCCAAGCCUACAGCACCACCUGCCAACCCCACAGCACCACCUGCCAAGCCCACAUCACCACCUGCCAAGCCUACAGCACCACCUGCCAACCCCACAGCACCACCUGCCAACCCCACAGCACCACUGCCAACCCCACAGCACCGCCUGCCAAGCCACAGCACCACCUGCCAAGCCCUGCGCCAGCGCCUCAAGCCGCUUUAGAACCCCCCACAUCCCAACCUACCACUCAUGAAGCUUCCAACCGCAUUCCUUGCCUUGGCAAGCCUCCAAACCUUCCAGGCCUGCAGGCUUGGUUGCUUCCUUGGUCCAACCGAGGCUGGUGGUGCUGGCCCUGCCUGCCCCUGGUGGCGU